UUCAAAUUUCACGACGAGCGCACACUUACGUUGCGCGUUUCUCAACCGUAGAAAUUAAAAAAAAAAUAAAUAACAAAAACAAAAAAAGUCGAAACGAGAUACUGAUAUUUUCGGACUCAGUUCAAAGUUUGGUUAACCAUCGAAAUUAAGCAACAAUUUUUUUCGGCACUCAAAAUUAAAUAUUACCGGUACAAAGAAAAUUUAAAAAAGAAAAAAAAAGUUUAAAAAAUGAACGAGCUUGAGGACGAACCUUUGGACGUGCAACAAGCAACGCCCGUCGGCGAUGAAGUUCGCCGUGGACAGGUCUACGAGAUCGCGCGAAAGAGAGUCGAAGGCUCGGCUAAGCACAGCUGCAAAAGAGAAAGACCGAGCGAGCCGAAUCCCGAUUGCUGCGAACUGAAGCGACGCAAGCCGUCUGGCCCAAAGUCCGUGAAAAUGUUCGUUUUCGGACCGGAGUGCGAUAUUUAUGACCAGAAAGAACGUGUUUAUCCGCAGUGUUUCACAAAGAAGGAAUAUCUUGACUUUUUGGCUACUCCAAAGCAAUUUUGCCCGACCCAGUGUGCCAAAGUAGAGGUGACGAGGCGGGUGCUGCCGAUAUCACUGAGAAUCGAGGAGCUGGCGAAACCCACGAAGAGGAGGUUGUUGGGCACUUUGGAGACCUAUGGAUCGAUGCUAACUGCUGAAAAGGUAGACCAUCUGAUUCAGUAUGUCGAAGGAGGAACUACAUUGACGCCUGAACAAGCAGAAACCCUUGUACGAGAUCGAAUGUACGCGCGCAAGCUCAGCAAAAAAAAGAAAAGGAAAAAACUCAAGUGCCCGAAGAAAUCGAAGAAACCGCCGAAGGCGGUUUGCGAGUCGAGCAUCGACCUCGAGGCGGCGAGCUGUCAGUACACCAUAGCCCAAUGCUUCGUGCGCAGCAUUCUCUGCCGAACUUGUGCUCAUCCGCAAGAGGAGUACCGUGACAUCGCCGAAGUUAUUCUGCGGAGACUGAGCGAAGUGUUACAGUACGAACCACUCGGCACGGAGGAUCGAAAAUCCCAGCAGAUGAGACUGCUCGCGAGCGUCUUCGCUUGUUGGAUCAUCGAGAUCCUCGUCGAGCUCGCGGACAAGAACAGAGAAGCGCUGGAGGCCGAGUGCUUGAAGAGAGAGAAGGAGGCUUCGGAGAGAGCACUGAUGGAAGCAGAACUGCAGGCGGCAAUGGAUGCCGAUGAAGAUGGCAGAGACGGCGACGACGACGACGAUGCUGCCGACGACGACGACGACACCGACGUCGACGAGGACAUCGACGCCGACGACGGAGCGUCGAGCGGAGCGACUAGCAGGACGGGCGAGGAGGGCAGCUUCGAAACGCUCCCAGACGGGGACGCGAGAGCCGAGACGUCAACGCAGUGCGACGCCGACGACAUCGCGUGCCAAGCGACCGAGCAGUCCGACCAGAGCCAGCAGUGCGAGGUGGACGGCGAGGACUGCACGGAGAGCGUCGAGCCGUGCACGGACGACGAGCAGCAAACCGAGUGCUCGGUCAACUUGGACGCCGGGUGCGCCACCGAAGAGGACGACGACUACUGCCACGCGAGAAAACUGGCGUCGCGCGUGAGCACCUCGCUCGACUCCGACCUGCCGUUCGUCACCUUCGCCAAGAUCUUCGACACCCUCUACUGCAUGAUCGAGCGCGAGUCCGAGAACGCGCUCUGCGACCCGCUGGACAACCGCAUCCAUCGCGCCAUCUACGAGAAGUUCGAGCAAGCCGUGAUGCUCGACAGCCCUGCGCUGCUCACGCCCAAGAUCAAGGACGUGAUCGACGUGAACGCCGGGAAGAUCGCGCUCUGGAUUCGGCGCACGCUCCAGCGCGAGCAGAUCGACUUCGCGAACGAGCACCCGGCGGAGGUCGAGUCCAAGGAGCUGCGCUGCUGGUCCAAGUGGGUGCUCGAGGUGGCCGACCGGGGCAUCGACCAGUCCAACUGGCUCGACAAAACCAUCGGCGAGUUGAAGGACAUCAGGUGCUCCGGCAGAACCACCCGGGGCGACUGGCAGCGGUACACCAGCAAGUUCAACACCAACGCCAUGCUCUUCAGGCGAGCUUACACGGAGGCGCAGCACGAGAAGCAUCACAACACGAUGAUGAUGACCGACAGGAAGAUCGUCAAGACCGGUUGCAAGAGGCGAUUGCCGAGGUUCGCCGAGAGCGAAGAGUGCCACGCCUCCGACGUGCACGAAUUGUAAACGAAUGUGGAACGAAUAAAAAAAUGCAACUCCUCUCUCUCUC